AUGUUAUUUAUGGUAUGCCAGGCAAAUAUGGAUGCAUCUAUGUCGGAGAAAUGGAAAGAUUUUGAGAGACGCCACAAACAACAUAUGAGUAAUGUCAAAUAUCAUCGCAUUAAUGAGUCAGAAGUAGUUCAACAUUUGUUAGUUAGUAAAAGUAGUUGUAGUAUUCAAUUUGAGAAAAGUUUAAUUUUUGAUAGGGAAGAAAAUAAACAUCGUAGAAAAGUAUUAGAAGCAGUUUAUACAACGGCAAAUAAAUCAUAUAAUAAUAAAGGAAUGAUAUGUAAUUAA